CUUUACGGCGCAGUAAAGCAGUGCUGGGAGCAGCAGACGGAAGUGUGAUUGUGCCGGUCGGGGCCAUGAGACCGCAGGCAGCUGUGGCCGGUAAAGUCUUCAUCCAGAGAGACUACACAAAUGGAACCUUGUGUCAGUUCCAAACCAAGUUUCCUUCUGAACUGGAGAAUCGGAUUGACCGGCAGCAGUUUGAAGAGACGGUGCGGACACUAAAUAACCUGUAUGCUGAGGCAGAGAAACUGGGGGGACAGUCCUACCUUGAAGGCUGCUUAGCUUGCCUCACCGCCUACACCAUAUUUCUGUGCAUGGAGACCCACUACGAAAAAGUUCUAAAGAGAAUUGCCAAAUACAUCCAAGAGCAGAAUGAGAAGAUCUAUGUCCCUACGGGUCUGCUAAUAACUGACCCCAUAGAUAGAGGCCUCCGGGUUAUUGAGAUCACCAUUUAUGAGGACAGAAGCCUAACUGGAAGAUAGGACAUCACAAAACUGGGAAGGUGAGUCAUUGUAUUCUCCAGCUAUUUACUGCAAAGGCCGUCCUUCCCAACAUUCCUUCAGUCUCCAUUCCUGCGUCUGCAGCAAUCCCUUUUAUGGCUCUCACGUUGCCCCUUUCCUGUGCCAACCAGCUCGCUUAUAGGAUGCCCUGCUUCAAUAUGAUUGGUUAUUAAAUAUCAUCUUGAGCUCGCAGGUGCACGUAGGUUCUCUAUUGGAUGCGAGGAAGAAGACCAAAUUAUAAAGAGAAGAAAAGAAAAAAAAAGAAGCAAAAGACAUGUCACUCCUUUUGAACAUUUGGGUUAGAGUGGUUGUGCCAAUUCUUAUUUGACUUUGUCUGUCCAUAUUAGUUUGAACAGUUCCUUGAUGUGCCCAUGUAUUUUUAAUUUAUUAAUAUUUUUUCAUGUGGGUUAUUUUCUCUUCUAGAGGAAAUUAAGUGUUUUUGGUAAAAGAUGUGUAAGAAAGUUAAUCAAAGUAUCAUGUAUGUUGUAACGAGCAUAAGAAUAGAAAGAAAUGUGGAGGAAUCUUUUGAUCUCAAUUAUUGUCCAAGUUCUUAACAAAUGCCUGAAUUUGUUUUUGGUUCACUGUACUUACUAUGCAGCUGUAUCUUCUUUUUCUUUUUUUUUUUUAUGUUUUUCAGACCCGAUUAUUUGAUACUUAUUAAACUUUGUAGUCAUUAGUUUUCAGUUUCUGCAAUGUCCUAGAUUAGUCUUGUUCUUUUAACUGUUUUAUCACAAUCCACCUCCAAGCACAAAAUUAUUUUGUAGAUUAAUUUUGUGUCUCCCUUUCUAAACAGGAUGAAUAAAAACAUUUUGUUUCCCGGAUCACAAUAUUUUGCCACAAAUUUUAAAAUAAUGGUUAAAAAGCUUCCUACUAUUUUUUUUGUUUUCUCUCCCUAUGAAUUGAUGUCAAUUUAAUAUACUGGCAGUAAAUGGUUUUUCACAUUGCAUUCUCUUAUGUUAGCAAAUGUAAGCCUACUUCUAUUUGUAGCCACUCAUACAGAACAUACUGGGCCAACAAGAGCAGGUGUAAGCCCAACUAGUAGAUUUUAAAAUUAAUCUACUCAAUGAUCCAUUAAUAGCUCUGUCCUGUUUCUUGGCACAAUUUGCAGGGAAGAGAUGCUAUGUGUUGCUAUGCAGGAUGUACAGUAUUAAAACAAAGCCCUUUCCUGACGUUAAACUCACUCACCUUAUGUAUAUUAAGUUCCUGUAUCAAACUACUUGCUUUUCUGUAUUGGAUUUAUUAUGAAUAAACGUAAUUUAUAACGAA